AGCAGGUUGGCGGCGGCCAGGGAGCGGCCGAGCCUCGGUGACCCUGGGCGGAGCUCCGCGGUCCAAGUGCUCGGCUCGCCGAACGAGGUGGGCGGGCGGCUCGGGACCAUGGCCAGGGCCGGCAUGGAGAGGUGGCGUGACCGGCUGGCACUGGUGACCGGAGCCUCGGUGGGCAUCGGCGCGGCAGUGGCCCGGGCCCUGGUCCAACAGGGCUUGAAGGUGGUGGGUUGUGCCCGCACCGUGGGCAACAUCGAGGAGCUGGCCGCUGAAUGCAAAAGCGCAGGCUACCCCGGGACGCUGGUCCCCUUCCGAUGUGACCUGUCCAGUGAGGAGGACAUCCUGUCCAUGUUCUCGGCGAUCCGCUCUCAGCACGGCGGGGUGGACAUCUGUAUCAACAACGCCGGCUUUGCCCGGCCGGACACGCUGCUGGCCGGCAGCACCAGUGGCUGGAAGGACAUGUUCAAUGUCAAUGUGCUGGCCCUCAGCAUCUGCACCCGGGAAGCCUACCAGUCCAUGAAGGAGCGCGGCGUGGACGACGGCCACAUCAUUAACAUCAACAGCAUGUCCGGCCACCGAGUGGUACCCCAGUCCACGGGGCACUUCUAUAGUGCCACCAAGUAUGCCGUCACUGCGCUGACAGAGGGACUGAGGCAAGAGCUGCGGGAGGCCCAGACCCACAUCCGCGCCACGUGUAUCUCUCCAGGCUUGGUGGAGACACAGUUCGCUUUCAGACUCUACGACAAGGACCCUGAGAAAGCAGCCGCCACGUAUGAGCAAAUCAAGUGUCUCAAAGCUGAAGAUGUGGCCGAGGCUGUUGUCUACGUCCUCAGCACCCCUCCGCACGUCCAGAUCGGAGACAUCCAGAUGAGGCCCACAGAGCAGAUGACCUAGAGCCCGCAGGGAGCUCCUCCCUCCCCACCCCGCAAGGCUUGGCUCCUGCCUCUGGAUUUCAGAUACUGAUUGCUGCACCCUGGGUCCCAUUCCUGCCCCCACUCCCCCAAGGGCUAGAAACUUUGUUGGAGGUUUUUGUAUCACUUUGUCAGAUUGUUUCCAUAGCAAAGGUGAAGGGCUGGGGCCAGGCGGUGGCGCCCCAGGUCAUUUUUCUGUCGGGCUUGGUUCCUUGGCCUUUGCUGUCCUCAGUCUCUUCCCUUUGAUCUGGGAACAGGGCUGUGGCCCAAAGCGGGACUGCUCCUGUCUUCUUGUCUGCCAGCCCCUGGCCCUCAGGGUACUGCUGGCGGAGGGAGGCCCUCACUUUCUAUCUGAGUGGUUAUCCUGGGCCCCAGGCUUCCUCCUCUCCCUGCCCCACUGCCCCCACUGCCCCUGCUCUCCCUCCAGUGUUGGCAUCUGGGCUGCUGCUGGGGUCAUCACCACCGCUGCCUGUGCCCGUGUCAGGCCCAGCUCCCAGAGGAGCUCACUGUGAUCAUUAAAGAAAAAUCACACCAACCGGC